UGUUGACCGCUGCAGAACCUCCGACCCGAAAUUCUGACAUCAUGGCUCGACGAGCCGUCAGCAUUCAAUCAUGUAAGAAAGUCCUACACAUGAAGAUGAAUAGCGAACUAAAGCCCAGCACAUGAAAGAAAUUAUACAAACCUAUAAUUGAACCACAAUUGUCAUUUGUUAAAAUAAAUCUGACCUCUCUUCUUGUUUCCAUUUGCUGUGUAAUAUUACCGAGAUUAUCCCAUUUCCAAUGUCCUCCCGACCUCGCAUCUUAAUUAUUGGCGGAGGUUUGGGCGGCCUGACUCUAGCUCAGGGCCUCAAGCGUGCUGGUGUACAUGUGCAGAUAUUCGAGCGAGAUGAUACGCGGGACUUUCGAGCACAAGGAUAUCGAAUUCGCCUGAAUCCCCAGGGAGCUGAAGCGCUGCGCCAAGCUCUGCCGGUCGACGUUUGGGAAUUAUUUGAAAAAACAUGUGCCAAGAUGGUAGACGGCAUGGCGAGGGUGAAUGGUGUGGACCUGGAUGCAGCCCAGGCUGCCAUAGAUCCAGCACGAGCACAUAUGAUGGCCAAAGCGCAGAUAAAUUCGAAGCUAGGCCCUUACUCUGUUGACCGAACAGUGUUUCGGUCUACAUUACUCCAUGGACUUGAGGAGCAUAUCUCUUUUGGCAAAGUAUUUGACCGGUACGAGAUCAUCCCUGGAGGGGUGAGGGCGGUCUUCCGUGACGGCACGGUUGAGGAGGGCGACUUGAUCGUUGGAGCAGAUGGUGUACGUUCAGCUGUACGGAAGCAGUAUCUUCCUCAGUAUCAAAUUUAUGACACUGACGGUGCCGCCAUCUACGGAAAAACGCCUCUGACGCCAGAAUUGGUCGAACGAGCGUUGCCACUUAGCACUGGGAAAAUGACCAUGAUACGGGAUAGCACGCCACUCAGCCUAUUGUUCGAACCGAUGAGAUUCGAGCGGACUGUGGAUAAGGCAGAACUAUUACUUCCUCCAGACUAUAUGUAUUGGGUUCUUGCCUCUCGAAAAGCUCCAUAUGGCAUAGAGGACGAUCAGAAGCUGUUAUCCCUCUCUGGGGCAGAAGUAGCCCAGCUGUCCCUCAAUGUGACAAGUCACUGGCAUCCAGCUGCUCGAGCAAUUCUAGAGCUCCAGGACCAUGCUCAAGCUUCUACCAUCAGGAUUUUUAGUUGCCGUCCAGAAAUCCCCCCAUGGGAAUCAAAUGGCCGAAUCACUGUGCUUGGAGACGCAGCACAUCCAAUGUCCCCAUCCGCUGGCACUGGGGCGGCGAUUGCGUUGCGUGAUGCGGCAGAACUAUGCAGGAUUAUUGUCGAGGAUGGCAUUUCAACCACUAGUAUCACCAAAUACGAGGCAAAGAUGAGAGAAUACGUUCGCCCGGCUGUUGAAGGCAGUUUCCAGGGCGGAAAAAGCAUUUUCAAUUGCCCGUCGCCUGAACAAUGCAAGCCUGUCUGCAUUUGAACUUUUGGAUAACGAUUCCAAAAACCUCGAAUAAUGCCGGCUCGAAAGCUAUUGUAUAAAUAAUACAGCUAUGUACAACCCUGCUCC